AUGGGGGGUCAGCGGGGUAUAGGAGUUCAUAUCGUUUUUUUAAGUUUGUUUUCACUUGCAACCAUGUAUACUUGCUUGGGUGCUCAAAAUAUCACAACGGGUUGUUCUGAACACGAGAGACUAGCCCUUCUCAAGUUCAAAAACAUCAUAAAAAAUGACUACAAAAUGUUUUCAUCAUGGGUUGGUAAGGAUUGUUGCUCGUGGAAAGGAGUCCGUUGUGAUGGUGCCAGUGGAAGUGUUGUCGGUCUUGAUCUCAGGGGAAACCUACAAUAUUUUAAUUCAUGUGGUGGAAGGUUUGGCACGGCCGUUGACGAGAACUACUUACUUGAUGAAAAGCAUUUCAUAGAUAGUAAAGAGAUGGACUCUUCUUUAGCUGAGUUGAGGCAUUUAGAAUAUUUGGACUUAAGUGGGAAUUAUUUUCAUGGAAGUCAAAUUCCCGAGUUUGUUGGAACAUUGAAACAACUAAGUUACCUGAAUCUUUCUAAUGCCGGUUUCAGUGGUAAUAUACCCCAUUAUAUUGGAAAUCUUUCCAAUCUGAAGGUUCUUGAUCUCAAUUCAUAUUCACAAGAGUUGAUGGUCGGUGAUAUGGCAUGGAUUUCUGGCCUUUCAUCACUUGACCAUCUCGACCUGUCUGGAGUGGAUCUUAGCGGAGCAAGAAAUCGUCACCGGGUGCUCUACAUGAUUCCGUCGUUAACAGAUCUAAGUUUGUCGUGCUGUGGAUUUGCAAAUUCUGAUCUUGCAGGUCCUCAUCUUAAUUCAAGUCGAAUGCUUCCCAACAUUAGACGCCUGGAUCUUAGCUGGAAUUGGAUUGAAGGCAGAUUUCCAUCUGUUCUAACGAACAUGAGUUCCCUAUUAGCGCUUGACCUUUCAGGAAACUUACUGGAUUCUUCGAUUCCCAUCAUACCUAGCCUUCAAAAGCUUGUCCUUUCUCAUAAUGACAUUCAGCAUAUUGAGCAUAUUGGAAUAUGGGGACAAUGUCAUCUCAAGCAUUUGAGUGUGUCAGAAAAUUACUUAGGAGAACUGAAUGGCCCGUCAACAAACAUAUCCAACUGUUCCCAUUACGCUUUCGAGCUGUUGGAUUUAUCUAGGAAUGGAUUUACCGGUUUUCUUCCAGAAUCAUUUGGAAGACUAACCAGUUUAAGAGUAUUAUAUCUCGGGUCAAACAGUUUGAAAGGUCCCAUCCCAAAAGCUUUGGGGAGAUUAAGAUUUUUAGAAAGACUAGAUCUAUCUUACAACCAGUUAGACGGUCCCAUUCCAACAAUCACCGGGCAACUAAAAGAAUUGAAUCUACAAAACAAUCAGUUGACUGGCCCUAUCCCAGCAUCUCUAGGAGGACUGGCUUCAUUAGAAGUAUUUUCAGUCUCAUCAAAUUCCUUAAAUGGGACACUUCCGGUUCAAAUUGGACAACUAACCAAGCUCAAUUAUCUAGAUAUCUCUAACAACUCUUUAGAAGGAGUAAUAUUAGAGGCCCAUUUUGCUAACCACUUGAUGUUGAAGUACUUGGAUGCCACCUCCAAUCCCAACUUAACAGUGAAUAUUUCACGCGAGUGGAUGCCCCCAUUCCAGCUGAGAAUACUUCGAAUGGGUUCAUGCAAGAUUGCAGCUGAAUUUCCUCAGUGGUUACGAAAUCAAACGAAUCUAAGAGAGUUAGACUUGUCAAAUUCAAGCAUUUCUGGAAAUCUUCCUACGUGGAUGCGAAAGAUGCCACUCAUUCCCUGGUUAGAUCUCUCUUACAACAAACUCACAGGACCACUAACAAACCUUCCUUGCGGCAACCCCUUAAUUGUGUUUUGGCUGUUUGGCUCGAACUUUUAUCCAGAGUCAUUGCAUUUGGAAAGGUUUGGGCUUCCAGGGCCAUUGUAUUUGAAAAAUAACCUUUUCACUGGACCAAUUCCAAAGUCCUUGUGCAAGUGGACACACUUGGAAAUUCUUGAUCUUUCGUUAAAUAGGAUAUCCGGGAAGAUUCCUCGAUGUCUAGAGAAUCUCAUAAACUUGAAGGCAAUGGUAUUUAGUUCAAAUGAGCUAUCGGGGGUUAUUCCAGAUUUCCGUGGCAAUCUUUCUGAAUCUCUGACCUGGUUAGACUUCAACAACAAUAACUUGAGUGGAGUGCUUCCUAAUUCCUUGGGAAAUUUCUAUGACUUAAGAGUUCUGGAUUUGGGCGAUAACAGCUUAUCUGGAAGCAUACCCAAAUGGAUGGGAGACAAGCUUGUACAUCUAGUGAUUCUGAGACUACAUAAAAAUUACUUGAGUGGAAGACUUCCUCGAUCUUUGUGCCUAAAGAAGGGUCUUCAAAUUUUAGACAUUUCUCAAAACAACAUAACAGGAGUUAUCCCUAGCUGUUUCAAAGAGUUAAGUGGCAUGGUAAUUGGUAGCCAUGAAUCAAUUCAUAAUGGUACUGCCAGUUCCAACUUAAACAUUCGUCAGGUCAUGAAAGGUGUUGAUCUUAGAUAUACAACAACCCUGCAGUUAGUUGUUAAUAUGGACCUUUCAAGUAAUAAACUAGUUGGAGAAAUACCGGAAGAGCUAACAAACCUUUCUAUGUUGGUAGGUUUAAAUUUGUCUCAUAAUAAUCUCAGUGGGAGUAUCCCCGAUAACAUUGGGAACUUGAAGGCGUUAAUCUCUCUCGAUUUCUCAGCAAAUGAGUUGACAGGGACGAUCCCUUCUUGCUUGUCAGCAUUGAAUUUUUUGACCUACUUGAAUUUGUCGCACAAUAAUUUGUCAGGACGAAUUCCAACAGGAAACCAAUUGCAGACCCUUACUGAUCCAUCAAUAUACGCUGGUAAUAGAGAUCUAUGUGGUGCCCCACUGCCAAGGAAUUGCUCCAAUCCUGAUGACCCACCCACCAUACCACAUGAGCCCAACUUCAAACCAACUAAGGAGCCUAAAAAGGUAUGGUUUUACUUGGAUAUAAUAGGUGGUUUUGCAACAGGAUUUUGGGGCAUUAUUGGUGUAUUGGUGUUCAAAAAGCGAUGGAGACAGAAGCUUUUUAUAUUUUCCGAGAGAACCAUGGACAAGAUAUAUGUUGCAUUUGUGGUGAGAGUUGCCAAGAUAAAGAGACGAAGAGAAGCGUAA